UGUAGUAUGAAUUAUACUUUUAAAGUUGUUGAUAAAUUUUACAGUUUCAUUAACUUUUUAUUAAAUAAAUAAAAAUAAUAAUCUGUGUUGGAUAAAUCACUUAUUUUUGGUUCGCAUCGAAGCUAAUAUAAAGAGAUAUUACAGAACAAAUUUUUGAGACGAAAUUGUCAAGUAUUAAAGUGUCUCCGCUUCACUUUAAAUUAAAAUGACAAGUAAAAAAAAUGUUAUCAGCUUUUUUACCAUAGUUAUUUUCAAUAUGUACAUUUUAAAAGGAUUCACUGAGACAGUUAAGAAUGAUUUAAUAGAGGCAGCACGUACAAUUGAGUGGACCAACAGAUUAAUAAAUCGAAAAAUUCAAUUAAAUGAUGGUCAAAUUAUAAGAUAUGCAGAGUCGGACAGAUUUUACGAAACGAUACGAUCAUUAGUUUUACAUUACAAAGAUAGAAGUUAUGAAACACUGAUAAUGAUUUUGAUUCCAUUAAAAAUAGAGCAAAUCAUAGAAGCAGAAAAAUACAUAACACAUAUAAUAAAAAAAGAAAAAAUGUUUCGAAUAAUUGUUAACAAACAUUAUACUGUUUUAGUUGAAAAUUAUCAAGUUUUCGAAAGUGAACAUAAUCUGAAUUAUAUUGAUGCCAUAAAUAAUCGUAAACAGAUAAUUAUGCCCGCGAUUCGUUAUUUACUUUACAUACAAAACGCAAUGAAUGAUCUGUGUAGCCCUGACAACAACUUGAAGUGUAAACUUAUGGGAAUAGAAAAACAAUUUAAUACACCAGGUACAAUGACAAUUAGUGCACUGUGUACAAAAAAUAAUGAAUGCGUAGUGGGCUAUACGAAGUCAUCGCAAUUUGUGUUAAGAAAUUGUAUAUUUAUUGGCGAAUGGGACGAUACACUCAAUUAUUACUCUAUAAUAGAAAAAAAGUCAGACAAAGAGUUGAAAUACUAUGCGCCUGAAUUAACCUUUUUAAGAGAGUUUUACAAAAUGGAUGAUAUUGAAUUAAUACAAGAAUCACUUGACAUGAAAUAAUGUAGAUUAUUGUUAAUAUUUAUGAAAAAUACUGGUUUUUAUUUUCAAAAAAAAGUGUUUUAAAUAAUUUUUAUUAUUGGAUAUUUCUUUAAAUAAAUAUAUUUACUUUGUUUAUGUCUCAUUAUAGUUAUAAAUAAUGUUAUUGUCAUAGAAACAAAAUAUCUCGUAGAAUUUAUAAAAACAAAAAUUAUCAAAAACACUAAACUUUAAUGAAAUUCAUUUGUAUUAACUUUUUUGGAAUAAAAUAUUCAAUUAAACUGA